AUCGUGUGCUGAAAAUAUCUUUUAAAUUCUAUUCAUAAUUAAUUUAUCAAUAAUCAUCAAUGAUUUUCAAUCUGUUUUUUCCAGUUUUCGGACACAGCCAUGAUUUCAUGAUUUCAUCAACUCACUGGUAAUUCAACUGAAGUAAAUCAGGCGACAGAGGAUAUUGAGAGGAUGAAUAUAAUGGAUCCAAAGGAGAGAAGACAAACAAACCAAGAUCGUUGUUCAUACAGAGGUUUGAACAAUCGAGGAGCAACCUCCUAUUUGAAUGCAACCUUACAGGUGCUCUUCAUGACCAAAUCAUUCAGAGAGAGAGUGAUGAGAGUUCCCAGUGACCCAAAUGAGAAGUUAGUGUCUGCAUUAAAGGAAAUAUUCCAAGAGCUCAGCAAUCAGGACAAUGGUGCUCCGAGUGUCUCGACUCGUGGAAUAAUCACGUCUCUUGGUAUACAGAACGUAUAUGAGCAGCAGGAUGCUGUGGAAUAUUUCCUAGAUAUCCUAGAGAAAGUAGGCCCUACUUUGGCCGAGGUCUUUAGUGGAACUCUGAGAAACAUCAGAAUAUGUUCAGAAAAUCACAAGUCCCAUGAUGACAGCCCAUUCAAGUCACUACAGAUUCCUGUUAACCCCAGAGAUGGACAGUUCAAACUUGAAGAUGGACUUGAUAAAUAUUUUGAGUCUGCUAUAUUAGUUGAAGAUGACCAGAUGUACUGUGAUGAAUGUGACGAGAAAAGGGAUACGACACUGAGUUGUGAAAUACACGAGUAUCCAGAAAUACUGCCUUUGCACCUUAAAAGGUUUGAGUAUGUCAAUAGAGUUUGUGGGUUUGUGAAAAAUGAUUGCCCCAUGGAUGUGCCGCUUCAUUUACCUCUUCAGGAGCAUGAGUAUUCGCUCUAUGCUGUGAUCAAUCACACGGGUACCCGUUUUGGAGGUCACUACACUGCUGUCAUCCGAUCCUUUACAGAUGACAAGUGGUACCGUUUUGAUGACCGUUGUGUCACAGUGACUGAUGAGAGUGAACUGAAAAGGUCUGGUGAAGCUUUAUUGCUCUUGUACCAGAAAAAGCCCACUGGUUCUUUUGAUGACAGUGAGCCUGGGUCCCCUCUGCCAGAACCUGCUGCUGGCCCUUCAACAUCUGCAGCUGUACUCACAGCACCACCAGGAAGAAGAGCUCAGAGAAGGGUUAGGGAGCAGCCAUCAGAGGUGGAGAUGCAGCUCCUAGAAGCACUCCGGACCCAUCCUUUAGCUCCAGCAGCACCUCCACGCUCAGAGGAUGAGCUCUUCCUCUUGAGUCUUGUCCCUUCCCUGCAGAGGUUGCCGCCUCAGAAGAAAGAAUUCGUCAAAUUUCAUAUACACAAAUUAAUUUAUGAAAGCAGCACAGUUGUGCUUAAUUUGGAACAAGUGGAGCCUACAGAGUAGUUUUAAAAAACAGGCAGCAAUCUCUGCAGGGAAUGAACCAGAGUUUCUCUCCUUUCUCCACUCCUUCACUUUGGCCCUCACUCUUCCCUCUUCCAAGCAAGAUCCUUUUUAUUCCUGCAUGUAGUUGUAAAUGUUCUUUGU